AUGGCUUUGGGAGAUUCACGUGCCUCUCGUGUCACAGAUCCCAGAGCUGUGGUCCCACAAAACGAACACGUGGCAGAACAGCGAACGCCGAUAGUUCUCGAGCGUCGAGACGAUCAUCCCAACAGUUUCAAAUCAGGGCCGUCACUUUCCUCAAGGGUCAAUUGA